ACAGCUUACACACUCCACAUUUAGUGUUCAUUUUGAUAUCGUCGUGUUAUUUGUGUUUUGAAUAAAAUGCAUAAAAUUAAAUUAAGUGGAUUUCAACUUCAAGUACUUAUUUCAUUAUGUAUGUACAUGGGAUUAUUGCUUCUUGGUUUUACAAUUUCGUGGUCUGGGCCCAUGAUACCGAAACUACAGGAUUUAGAUCAAUCUCCUCUAUCACAUAAACUGACCGACACACAAGUUUCUCUUACUGGAUCUUUGUUAUACAUUGGCUCCAUACCAGGUUCAUAUUUGGUUGGAUGGCUUUCAAACUUCAAGGGUCGAAAACCAUGUUUGCUACUAGGUAGCCUUAUCAGUAUGAUAGGAUAUAUUUUGCUUCUUACUACCCGCAAUGUGCCGAUGCUCUUCAUAGGAAGACUGUUGACAGGAUUUAGUGUUGGCUGCAUCUUUCUUGUGGUCUUUGUUUAUCUGGGAGAAAUAGCGUCUACCAGUAGGCGUGGUACCCUGCUUGCCAUUGCAGGAAUAUUUUCAACUUUAAGUUCGAUGUCAUUAUUCUCAUCUGCAACAUUUUUCUCUUAUCGAGGAACAACCUCCGUUGGGUUAACAUUCAACAUUAUAUUUAUUUUAGGCCUACUAAUGAUUCCAGAAUCGCCGAUGUUUCACGUCUUAAAAGGAGAUGAUAAUGCUGUUAAGAAAACCUUACAGGACUUGGACAGAUUGGACGAUCUAGAAAAAUUAAUUGCUGCAAAACAAGAUUACAGAACUAUAAGCAAUAUUAAAGAUUGGAGAGAUUUAUUUACAUUAAGAAAUAACAGAAAAGCAUUAUUCCGACUGACGUCGAUUAACAUUUUCCAACAAUGCAGUGGUGUGAUGGCUAUCAUGUUUUUUUUUCCUAGAAUAUUUGAAUUAUCCGGUUCAAAAAUAGAAGGAAAUCUUGGAAUGAUAAUUAUUGGAUGUUUUCAAUUAAUGGGAAGCACCGUGACUCCUAUUUUUAUUGAAAAGAUAGGGAGAAAGGUCAUCUUGACGAUGUCCUGUGCAAUUUGUUCUUUGUCCAUGUUCACGCUGGGACUAUAUUUUUAUUUGUUGGAUAUUGAAAAUCCAGGGAUACAAAAUGUACAUUGGUUGCCUCUUGUAGUACUUAUAUUUUUCUUCCUUGGAUUUGAUUCAGGUCUAGCAAUCAUACCGAGUGUCUUGAUCGGUGAGAUGUUCACGCCAAAUGUUAGGAGCUGUGGUUCAACAUUAACAAUCACAGUGAGCGGGUUAAUUGGUUUCCUGGUAACAAUAGUUUUUGGAACGAUAGUUAAUAAAGUUGGCCCAUUCGUUCCAUUUUGGUUCUUUUCCUGUACUUCUGCUCUUGCUUUCUUAUUCACCAUAUUUUUCAUUCCCGAAACUAAGGGUAAAAGUUUGUUAGAAAUACAAAUGGAUUUGGGCAAAAAAUAGCAACACAUAUGUAACGGCCAUAAAACCUAAUGUUGGGUUAUUUCUGCUGUUAUUUCACUAAGGUUUAUUGAAUGCAAACACCAACAAAAACUUCAUUGUAUCUUUCUUAAAAAAUUAAUUUAUAAUAUACAUUGAGAUCUAAGACUUUCGCGAGUUUUAUUCAUUUAAAUAUAAUAUAUAUUGAUCGAACAUUGAGAAGAAAAUAUGGGAAUAUACAAGGAAAGAAUAUGAAGAAAACAGCGCAUAGUGGAACCUUAAAGAGGUUGUAUAAAUUUUCGUCCCAAGUAGAAAAGAACCCGUAAAAUCAUUUUUAUGAGUUAACUGAUAGACAACAAGUUACACAAACAUAAUACAUGAAGACAGUUUUACAUCGAAAGAACCAAUAAGGUAGUAGUCGGUAUCAAUAAUCUUAAACUACUUCUGAUAAAUAACAUUUCUUAUCAUAAUUUUCGACCGCUCUCUAGGAAGUAACAGCACAGCUUCUCGACGGUCGCAAUAAUGUAAUUUUUGGGAUGCCCAAAUUCCGUAUUACAUUCAUUCUGAACACCGUAUUGUAUUGGCUAAUAUCGAGCAACAUUGAGUUAAAUUUGUA